AUGGCUGUCGACUUGACUGUCGGUAUAGACGUCGGAAUGAGCGGCACCGGUGUGGCGUAUCGCCAAUCCAAGACCGGCGGUGUCGAGUGCGACGUCGUAUACCUGAAAUGGGGAAGCGAUGAACAGGUCAAGGUUCCAACCAAGUUGGCGUACGCAAGAACGGACGAUUCGCAGCCGCCCCUUCACUGGGGGCUCAACAUCCCAGAUACCACCGAGAACCUAUCCGUCAAAGGAUGGUUUAAGACGCACUUUGGAGGAAACGGCUCAAAUCAGGCAGAAGCCGAAAGGCAUGCAGAAGCCGAAAGGCUGUAUUCUGACUACUUGAAGUGUCUACACGACGAGCUUUCACGGAGGUUUGUCCGUGAUGGGAUACUCGGUAAAGCAUGGAAGCAUGCGAACAUCGCCUUUGUCUUCAGCACGCCAGCUUGUUGGGAACCCCCUGUAGUGGCUCAGUUCAAAGCCCUUGUAUUGAAGGCCGGGUUCGAGAAGGCGCAGAGCAAGCGACUUGGUCGUGGCCUUCAUACCGUCGCCAUCACCAUGACCGAACCGCAAGCAACAGCGGCUUUCGAGUUGCAUACCCCACGGCCCGCCGCAAACCUCCGGAGAGACCACAAUGUCAUGAUCAUUGAUGUUGGUGCUGGCACCGGGGACUUCUCUCUCCUCCAGGUUGCAAUCAAUGCGCAGGAGACUUUGCAUUGGCGUGAGCACCAGCCGGCCAUAGGGGAAAACAUCGGGUCGUGGCACAUCGACAAAGGCUUCGAGGCGCGCAUGACGGAGAUUUUGAAGCCCUACCAACACCUUCUGAGUCAUAGCGCUUCUCAUGUGGCUGGGGAGAUGCGCCGGGGCACAGAAUUCCUCCGUGUAAAGCACGAGUUCGAAGGUGCGAAUGUGCAGAGUGAGACGAUUCCCGUACCCCAUCUCGGAGAUGGCCAGCGUGUCCACGACGAUACUAUUCAGGAUGGUCACUUUACAAACCCUGAAUCGAAGGGAUCACCAGCUGCAUCUUUGAGCGGGCAAGAUUAUCUUCUGCUCUCUGGGGGUCUUGGGAGCUCGCCCUACGUCAAGCGACAGCUGGAGAGGUUUUGCAACGAUUGCUCGAUACUCAAAUCUACCAAGCUGGUGGUGUCUAGGCAGCCCCAGCUUGCCGUCUGCAUGGGUCUAGUGUAUGCCGCCACUUCCAACGAGGCUGUCUUUCCCACGAUUGCUUGCCGCACGUCAUUCGGUCUCGUCAGUCGCAUCCCGAGCGCUGCCCCCGCUAAAAGAACGUGGAUAUCCAUCUUGACACGAGGCAAGGGAUUUGAAGGUCGUUUCGACGAUUGCGUCGACUGGAUCAUUCCCAAGCUUGGCGGAUGGCCCAAAGCCCCCCAAAGGCUCCGAGAUUUUAUUAAGACCCAUCAAUUCAUGCGCGCCAACUUCUCCGAGGCCGAUGCUAAGAAGAAGCGCAAGGUCCUCUGGAGCAAGGAGCACUUCUUCCAAGUCGAUUUUAAGAUUAAGGCGACAAUCGGACAGGCCGAGGCAAAUUUCCUUUGCGUGGACGCCAGCGGAAGAAAGAUCAGUGAGCCGGUCACGAUUUCCACACCUCGCGAACCACCGAUCAUGGGCUUGGAUGGUGUUGAAGAGGAGUAG